CCGUUGUCAUGGACGUCUCCCGUCGAUGGACGCCUUCCGGUGAAUGGACGCCUCCCGGUGGUGGACGCCCCCGGGUAGGCUGGACGCCUUCCGGUGAAUGGACGCCUCCCGGUGGUGGACGCCCCCGGGUAGGCUGGACGCCUCCCGGUGUACUGGACCCUAGAAUGGGCUUGGGCCCAAGGUGAGACGCUUUGUGGUGGGCUUGGGCCCGUAUUAGGCGGGUUAAUACUAGACCCAACAUUUGCCCCUUUGCUUCUUGUAUUCUGUAAGAAUGGAAGGAGUAAAAUAAUGCGUUAAGGUGUAUUAACUUGCCUUACUUGUGAGUCCGCACGAUGAGGUUUUGCCCCUUGUGCGACCAUCGCUCGGUGAUGGAUGCCCCUGGUGAUGGACGCCUCCCGGUGGAUGAGACGCCUUCCGGUGAUGGACGCCUCUGGGUGACAGGAUGCCUCUUGGUAUGGACGCCCCCGAAUGGACUGAACCUUUGCGAGUCCAAACGAUGCGGUUUGCCCCUUGUGCGGCCAUCAUCUUUGCUUCUUUGUUUAGUAUUCGAUGUCUUGAGUUAGAGCUCUCAAGUCGUUUGAGAUUUCCCACUAGACCAUUGCUGAGCGUGCUAAUAUGUGAGCCGUAACUGUGAGCUGUAUGCGUUAAGCUAUUGGACCGCGAGAUGGGCAUGAGCUUGUGUGCAUGUUAAGCGUGAGUUGUUGGCUGAAUAUUAGGUGUUAGCUAUGUGUUAGGGAGGGUGGCCCCCCACGACUUGAGGGUUGUGACUCAAGACGUUGUUUGUGUCUUGGCGAUGUCGCACCUACUGGAGGCAGGAUCGUGUUUCUAGAUGUACCGAUGUCGCGCUUAUGGGUAAGCGGAAUUGGACUUCAAACACGGGUGGAAGCAUCACUCCGAGGUGGGAUGCAUUUUUCUUUGUAGGAGGUAGCUGCAGAAUGGUCCAAGUUCUUAGAGUCGCAUUCAGGUUCAUAGAGCGGUCUUGUAGCGUAGUGGUAUGCACUUCAACCCAUGAAUGUAGACCCGAUUCGAGGGCGGGCUGAAUCUUUCGUGAGACGCAGGACGUGAACUGUGAAGCCUCGACCCCAUGUAGCAGUGAAUAAUCCGGAUGUGUGAAGCGGACCGCCGUUGGUGGAGCAGAUUGGAUGCGAAGCGUGCUAACUGCUUUGACGGAUCGCCAGAGGCGGUUGUAGGUCAGAUGCAGUGUGCCGAGACGAUAAUUGCACAUGGGUGUGUCUUGUGAGGCGGUCUUAAUGAAGGCGUCUCACGAUGAUUGUCCCAGAUGCAUGGCAGGCUAAGGCGACCUUUGAAUCUGGACAGAGAUUGGGCUUUGUGGCAAAGCGGGGUUGAGAGUUUUAACUGUAAAUGCUCUUGUGUCUUACUAACGUCCUGCCCAUGUGUGUUGGGAGCUCAUGUGCCUUGUCAGUGUCCUACCCGUGUGAGGCAUGAUCAAGUUUUUCCUUCUUGCCGAUGUUGUCCCUACUAGGAGGUGUUCGGUGUUCUUACCUACUUGGAGGGGUUCUUCCUUCGAGCUCUUUGGGAAUUUUGGUCCUUCUUUCUGAGAAGAGCUUUAGUCUCCCUGCUUUCUGGGAAGAGUAGUUUGCCACCAACCUUGUGGGAGGCGCUCCGCCUUCCCACCUCAAAGGAGGCGCUCUGUCUUCCAGCCUGCUGAGAGGCCUGCGUUCUCGAGUUUAUCUUGGAGGUCGGGGAUGUAUUCGAGCAUCGCCUGGAGGUGCGAAGCAUUCCUUGGGGGAGCCUCGCUCGGAAGCAGUUUCCAAGCCUUGCCUGGAGGCAGAAGGCAUGAAUGAGAAUCGUUCCUCGGAGGGAGAAUUACCUGGAAGCGGGAAGCAUUUCCAAGAGGGUGCGUCGCUCGGAGGCGACCUGCGAGCCUUGUUCGAAAGUGGAAGGUGUGUGCCUUGUAUCCUGUUGGUAAGCACGAAUGUCUGUAGCACCUCGAAUGCGGUUUUGAGCAAUGCGGGCCUGCGGCUGGAAGUUGGAUGGGAGGUCAAACGUGUGCGACGCUAUGCGGGUUCGCGAGUUUUGGGGUUGGGUCACGUUUGGAUGAAAUUUGUAAAUGGCGCAAUGUUAGACUUUGAUGAAGGCAGGCAAUGUUAUGCGGUUACGGGCUUCAUCUUGGGGCGUGAUAGUUGCUAUGCGGUUCCUCUUUUGGGACGCGGUCUUUGAACGUCGAAUGCGAGUCUUGCGAGUAGCGGACCAAAUGAAGUAAGCGUAACCUCGGUCAGGAGGCAUGCACUCCUUUAUAGCCCAUUGUUGUCUUAGGCGUUAGCUAUGUGCUAGAUAGGGUGGCCCCCAUGAAUUGAGAGUUUUAGCUCAAGACGCUCGUGUGUAUCACCAGUACCACACCUUCUGUGAGGCGAGAUUGGUUUUGACGAUGUCACGCCUGCUGGAAGGCGGGAUCGGGUUUUUGCCGUUCUGUUGCUAUGCUUGGAGUAUCCAUGGUCGAAUCUAGUCGAACUCGUUUGUUAUGAGUCCUGGUGCGGCUCGCGGCAUAGAAUACAAGGUUGACUAGGCC